GGGUGUGGCUCCCCUCGAGAGGCGGGUCGGCCAGGCUCCACAACGCACUCAGCCCUGGACCAACGGACAGUCUGACAGAACAGAGACACCCUGAGGCCACGGGCACGGAUCCCUUCCGGGAAGAUGCAGAGGCUCAUGAUGUUGGUCGCAGCCUCUGGCACCUGCCUGGGCCUGCUAGCGGCAGCUGUGGCAACAGCAGCAGGCACUACCCCUGCCCAACAGGACACCCCCUGCAUGCCCAGCCACCGGCGCCAGAAAAGAGACUGGAUCUGGAACCAGAUGCACAUUGAUGAAGAGAAAAACACCUCCCUGCCCCAUUAUGUGGGCAAGAUCAAGUCGAGCGUGAAUCGCAAAAAUGCCAAGUACGUGCUCAAAGGCGAGUCUGCGGGCAAGGUGUUCCGGGUCAACCCACAAACAGGAGACGUGUAUGCCUUUGAGAGGCUGGACCGCGAGAAGAUCUCUGAGUACCAACUUGUUGCCCUCAUCGUAGACAAAGAUACUAACAAAAACCUGGAGUCUCCUUCCAACUUCACCAUCAAAGUGCACGACGUGAACGACAACUGGCCCGUAUUCAUGCACCGGCUGUUUAACGCAUCCGUGCCCGAGAUGUCAGCUGUGGGGACCUCAGUCAUCCGUGUGACAGCAGUGGACGCGGAUGACCCCACUGUGGCAGACCACGCCUCUGUCAUGUACCAGAUCCUGAAGGGGGAAGAACAUUUCGCCAUCGAUAAUUCUGGACUCAUUUUCACAACAACCAAAAACUUGGACCGAGAGAUGCAGGCCAGGUACGAGAUCGUGGUAGAAGCACGAGAUGUCCAGGGCCUCCGGGGGAACUCAGGCACAGCCACCGUGCUGGUCACUCUGCAGGACGUCAAUGACAACUUCCCCAUCUUCAUCCAGACCAAGUACAUAUUUGCGGUGCCAGAAGACAUCCGUGUGGGCAGCGCCGUGGGCUCUCUGUUUGUGGAGGACCCAGACGAACCCCAGAACCGGAUGACCAAGUACAGCAUCGUGCAGGGCGAGUACAGGGACACGUUCACCAUUGAGACGAACCCCACCCUCAACGAGGGCAUCAUUAAGCCCAUGAAGCCCCUGGACUAUGAACGCAUCCGGCAAUACAGCUUCACCAUCGAGGCCACAGACCCUACCAUCAACCUCAGAUACCUGGGCAUCACCUCCAACAGAAACAAAGCCCGUGUCAUCAUCAACAUCACAGACGUGGACGAGCCUCCUGUCUUCCAGCAGCCCUUCUACCAUUUCCAGCUGCAGGAGAACCUGAAGAAACCUCUGAUCGGCUUGGUGCUGGCCACAGACCCCGAUGAGGCUCGGCUCAGCAUUGGAUACUCCAUCCGCAAGACCAGUGACAAAGGCCAAUUCUUCCAAAUAACCAAACAUGGGAACAUUUACAAUGAAAAAGAAUUAGACAGAGAAAUCUACCCUUGGUAUAACCUGACUGUAGAAGCCAAAGAACUGGAUCCUACUGGGAACCCCACAGGCAAAGAAUCCAUCGUGCAAGUCCACAUUGAGGUUCUAGAUGAAAAUGACAAUGCCCCCGAGUUUGCCCGGCCCUAUGAACCCAAAGUAUGUGAGAACACUGCCCAGGGCAAGCUGGUCCUGCAGAUCUCUGCAAUAGACAAGGACAUAACACCACAAAAUGUGAAGUUCAGAUUUGCCCUGAGCACUGAGGACAGCAACUUCACCCUCACGGAUAAUCACGAUAACACAGCCAACAUCACAGUCAAGUAUGGGCAAUUUGAUCGAGAGCGUGCCAAAGUCCACCUCCUGCCCGUGGUCAUCUCAGACAAUGGGAGGCCGAGCCUCACAAGCACCAACACGCUGGCCAUCGCUGUGUGCAAGUGUAAUGAGCGAGGCGAGUUCACCUUCUGUGAGGAGACGGCCGCCCAGGUGGGCGUCAGCAUCCAGGCGCUGGUGGCCAUCUUCCUGUGCAUCCUCACCAUCACAGUGAUCACUCUGCUCAUCUUCCUGCGGAGGCGGCUCCGGAAGCAGGCCCGCGCCCACGGCAAGAGUGUGCCAGAGGUCCGCGAGCAGCUGGUCACCUAUGACGAGGAGGGCGGUGGGGAGAUGGACACCAACAGCUACGACGUGUCGGUGCUCAACUCCGUGCGCCGUGGAGGGACCAAGCCCCCGCGGCCCACGCUGGAGGCCCGGCCGCCCCUCUACGCCCAGGUGCAGAAGCCACCGCGACACGCGCCCGGGGUGCACAGCGGGCCUGGGGAGAUGGCAGCCAUGAUCGAGGUAAAGAAGGGCGAGGCGGACCACGAUGGCGGCGGGCCCCCCUACGACACUCUGCACAUCUACGGCUACGAGGGCUCCGAGUCCAUCGCCGAGUCCCUUAGCUCCCUGGGCACCGAUUCCUCUGACUCUGACAUCGAUUAUGACUUCCUUAACGACUGGGGGCCCCGGUUCAAGAUGCUGGCCGAGCUGUAUGGCUCAGACCCCCAGGAGGAGCUGGUGUAUUAGGGGGCCCAGAUCCCCUGAAGCCCAGGCCAGUCAGACACCAGGUCCCCAGCCCUCCAAAAGUGGCACUGAUUCCCCAGCCCAGCACCCCUUCAUCCUGGGCCCCACAGACCUCACCAUCCCUGGGAUAGCAAGCUCUAAGUUCCUGAAAUAUCAGGAACAUAAGUGUAUUUCGGCAUUGGCUACCCCCGAAUGCUGGAAAAUCCAGGCUAAUGUUCUGUCUGGGCUCAGACACCCCCAUAACCCUGUCGCCCAGACCACAGUCUAACUCGUUGACUUUCUCUGGCUGGACAAAGUUUUAAAGCAACAUGUGUUCAAUUGCUGGGGCAGGGGGUGGGGUGGGAGUCUUCCUCUGAGGUCCUUGAAAUCCACCCUGGUAAGGCUGGGGAGG